AUGGCAGCACAAACCAACCUUAACAUCACCACAGACCGGUCUGCUCUUCUUGCUCUAAAAGACCAUAUCACCAGUGACCCUCAAAACAUGAUCCUCACCAAUUGGUCAACCACCACCCCUAUUUGCAACUGGGUUGGCGUCAUUUGUGGUGCACGCCAUCAUCGAGUCGCAGAGUUGAACCUCUCUUACUUUGGUCUCGUGGGCACCAUUCCUCCUGAGCUAGGGAACUUAUCAUUGCUUGUUGAUCUGGACAUCCAAAAUAACAGUUUCCAGGGUACCUUGCCUGACGAGUUGACUCGCUUGCGCCGGUUGAAGUUCAUUAACUUGGGAUACAACAAGUUUAUGGGAGUGAUACCGUCAUGGUUUGGGUCCUUGUCCAAACUUCAAGGAUUCAUGUUGUUUGGUAAUCAAUUUGCAAGUUCUAUACCAGCUGCCAUCUUCAACUUAUCUGCUCUUCAAAUAUUUAAUCUCAGUCAUAACCAACUCUCAGGUAGAAUCUCCAGAGAAAUCAGGAACCUAACAACGUUGAAGGCAAUCAACCUUGAUUAUAAUAAUUUUAUAGAAAUUCCAAAUGAGAUCGGCACCUUGAAUCAGCUUGAAGAGUUGUUUGUGCAAAAUAAUGCCUUAAAAGGGCCUAUUCCUAUGGUUGUCUUCAACAUGUCAUCUUUGACUAGAGUAACUUUCUAUGGAAACAAGUUGAAUGGUAGAAUUCCCGACAAUAUAUGUCAACAUCUUCCAAAUAUCCAAGGGUUGAAUUUGGGUAGCAAUCAGUUUGAUGGUCCACUUCCAUCCAAGUUAUGGCAAUGCAAACAACUUCUCGUAUUAAAUUUGGGGGAUAACAAGUUCAGUGGAAGAAUACCCAAAGAUAUUGGGAACUUAACUCGGAUAAAGAAGAUUGCGUUUUACACCAACAACUUAACAGGUACUAUACCAUAUGAGUUUGGUUAUCUUCCAAAUUUAGAGCGGUUGUUGCUCGGUGAGAAUAAUCUAAAUGGCCAUAUCCCUUCCUCAAUCUUCAAUAUCUCCACAAUAGCAGCAUUAAAUCUCGGCCUCAAUCAGCUUUCAGGUAGCCUCCCAGCAGACAUAGGCCUUGCGCUUCCAAAACUAGAAGAAUUUAUUCCAAGCACUCUGUGCCUCUUGACAAACCUUGAACGGCUGUUCUUGUUCAGCAAUAAUUUGACCAUUGAUACCUCUACUCCAGAAGUUAAUAUUUUUUCUUGUCUGCCAAAUCUUAGAAAUUUGAGGUGGUUAGUCUUCGCAAGCAAUCCAUUAAAUGCGAAGCUUUCGAUUUCCUUCAGUAAUUUCUCUGCAUCACUCCAAUAUCUUGGUUUAGGAAAUUGCAGCUUGAGAGGUAACAUCCCCAGUGAUAUUGGGAAUUUGAGCAACUUGAUAGUUUUAGACCUGGUAGACAAUCAAUUGAGCGGGCCAAUUCCAAGCUCAAUGGGAAGACUACAUAAUCUUCAAGGUUUGGGUAUGUACGAUAACACAUUGCAAGGAUACAUUCCAGAUGAGCUUUGUCAACUAGAAGAAUUAGCUUCUUUGUAUUUGGAUGGGAAUCAACUCUCUGGUUCUAUACCUUCCUGCUUGGGUAAUCUAACAUCAUCUCUAAGAGAACUAUCCUUAAGUUCCAAUUUGUUGAAUUCCACCAUACCAUCUACCUUGUGGGGACUUACAGAUAUCUUGCGAAUAAACUUGUCAUCCAAUUCUCUCAUUGGACCUCUAUCAGGUGGUGUUGGUAAUUUGAAAGUUGCGAUAUCCUUGGAUGUAUCAUACAACCAAUUAUCUGGUAGUAUACCAAGCAGCGUUGGGAGUUUAUUGAAUUUGGUCAAUCUCUCCUUAGCACAUAAUAAUCUAGAAGGCCUUAUUCCUAGUUCCUUUGCUACCUGUUUAAGCUUAGAGCUGUUGGAUUUAUCUCAGAACAGUCUCUCUGGAGUGAUUCCAAAGUCUCUUGAAGCACUCUCAUAUCUCAAGUAUCUGAAUCUAUCUUUCAACAUACUCCAAGGAGAAAUUCCAACCGGCGGUCCCUUCAAAAACUUCUCUGCUGAAUCAUUUGUUUCAAACCGUGGACUUUGUGGUGCAUCCCAAUUCCAAGUUCCACCAUGCAAAAGAAAAACUAGCAUAGCUAUCUUGAAGUAUGUUAUUCCGGGGAUCUUGUCAGCAAUGCUUCUAGCGACCUCCAUGAUUUGGUUGUUGAUGUUGCGUAGAAAAAAGAAUGUGAAAGCAGCAGCAAAUUCUGUCUUCACGCCUCAAGAUUUCUGGAGAAGAGUUUCAUACCAAGAGCUCCUAAGUGCGACAGAUGGAUUCAAUGAAAGCAACUUACUUGGUACUGGGGGUUUUGGCUCAGUAUAUAAAGGAACAUUGUCAGAUGGGAUGGACAUUGCGAUAAAGGUUUUCAAUUUGGAGUUGGAAGACGCAUUUUCAAGUUUUCAGGUUGAAUGUGAAAUGCUAAGUAAUGUUCAUCACCGAAAUCUUGUCAAAGUCAUCACUUGUUGCAGUCAAGUGGAUUUCAAAGGUCUUGUAUUGAAUUAUAUGCCUAAUGGGAGCCUUGAGAAGUGGUUGUAUUCUCAGAAUUCUUCUUUGAACAUAAUGCAGAGGUUGGAUAUAAUGAUAGAUGUUGCAUCGGCAUUGGAGUACCUUCAUCAUGGUUAUGAAGUACCUAUUGUCCAUUGUGAUUUGAAGCCAAGCAACAUCCUACUAGAUGAUGAUAUGGUUGCACAUGUUGCUGAUUUUGGUAUUGCAAAACUUUUGGGUGGAGGAGAUUCUAUGACUCAAACCAUGACCUUGGCCACAAUUGGGUAUAUGGCUCCAGAGUAUGGAAUGCAAGGAAUAGUGACCAGAAGAGGUGAUGUGUAUAGUUUUGGUAUUGUAGUGAUGGAAACAUUCACAAGAAGGAAGCCAACCGAUGAGAUCUUCACUGGGGAAAUGAGACUGAAUCAAUGGGUUGCAAAUUUCCUAGUUGCAGAUGCGAUAGUUGAAGUUGUGGAUGCUAGUUUACUUGGAAGCGAGGAGGCUCAUGACUUCGUGAGCAAGAGGGAGUGCUUAUCAUCCAUUAUGAGAUUAGCUGUCGCUUGUUCAGCAGAAUCACCGGAAGAGAGGAUAAACAUGCAAGAGGCUGUAGCCAUGCUUAAAACAAUCAAGAUCAAGUUUUCAAAUGAUUGCUGCAAGAGGUGUGGUGGUGAAUCGUCGUCCUGUUUCGUAACCCCUUAAUUAUUGUGUCGAUAUAUCUUGGCAUGGCAUUUGAUUCGGUACAUAAUUAUGUAAUUGUUUGGCAAUGUGGUUCUGACUCAAGUUUGGUUGGUAAUUCACUCUGCUACUCUGUAUUCAAAAAUAACUUCCAUCUAGCUCUUUCCACUUUGUAGUUUCUGUGUUUUUCUGCUUUGAGGCUUGCUGUUUAAAUAAACCGAAGCACUACUAUUUUCUCAAAUUCUUCUAUCUUUAAGUUCUUAAUGUACUUAUCAUGGUAGAUUAUGCCUAGGAUUUAGAUGAGGUGUCAGGAUGUUGUACUCCAAUCAUUCUUAUAUUCCGUUGUUGUGUCACCUCAGCAAUCUAUUCAUGUAAUGCAGCGUAUUCUUGA